AUGUCAAUGAUUGAAGAAGAUAAGAGGCUGGAGCUUGCCCGUUCGCCGACCAACACCAUCAGGCACCACCGAACACCAUCAACUACCAUCGUUCAUCUUCAACAGGGAUUUGCAAUUGGAAACGGAGUCUCUGAACCUGGAAUCCAAUUCAAGGCGGAUUACCAAAGUGUGAAGAAGCAUCAAACAAAUAUGUCUUAUGAUUUAAGGAAGCAAAGAUAUGAUGACUUGUCAAAGUUAGAUGAAUUCUUGAACUUGGAAUCAGUGAAAAAGGCAUUAGGGGUACCAGAGGAAAUACACUUUGGGGCGUGUAAUGGUGAGGUGUAUCAAGUAAUGAAGGAAGACAUUAUGAGAAACUUUGAAGUUAGGAUUCCAAUGCUUUUAGAAGAUGGUAUUCAGAUGCUUGUUUAUGCUGGGGAAUAUGAUUUUAUUUGCAAUUGGUUAGAAUUAUCUUAG